AUGCCUUCAGCCAUAUUUUCGGAGCCAGUCUCCCUGCCAAAAUGGCAGCGGCCGGCAAAGACAAAACACGAAUUGCCCUGGGCAGAUAUCGCUGUGAUUGACAUUAGCAAGUUUGACCAGCCAGGUGGGAAGAAGCAGCUAGCUGAAGAACUUCGACAAGCUGUACACGAAACUGGCUUCUUUAGUCUCAUCAACACAGGCUUCACACCCGAGGAAGUGCAGCGCCAGUAUGACAUUGGCCAAGGUUUCUUCAACCUCGAUGCCGAAGAUAAGGCCAGACCGGGUAACACGUGCGACUUCUCCAAGGGGAACUACUUUGGAUAUAGAUCGGCGCAUGAUAAGAAGAUGCAAGGAACGGAUGUGCUCAACAAUGUCGAGUCGGUUAACAUCGCCAAAUUCAUCCCGAAGUACAAAGAUGAGCCAUUCCAUCCGUUCUUCGAGCCGUUCAGACAAGAAAUUGAAGACUUUUCAAGACGCUCUCUCGACCUAGCAAGCAAAGUCUUCACUCUCUUCUCCAUCAUCCUCGAACUCCCAGAAGACUACUUCUCCUCCCGCCACGCUUACGCCUCCCCGAGCGAAGACCACCUCCGCUACAUGGGCUACCACCCCCGCCCUCUCGCCGACGACCUCAAAGUCGGCAACACCUGGUCGCGCGCUCACACCGACUUUGGCUCCUUGACCCUCCUCUGGAGCCAGGACGUCGCGGGCCUCCAGAUUAAGACCUCUUCUUCGUCAAAUCCCAAUGGCGCGGGCGAGUGGCGCUAUGUCCCACCUGUGGACGGUGGCAUUGUCUGCAACGUCGGCGACACGCUUGAUUUCUGGUCCGCGGGGUACUUGAAGUCGACGACGCAUCGCGUUGUGAGGCCGCCUGAGGACCAGGCUCAUUUGUUUCGGCAGGGUCUGUUUUACUUUGUGAGGCCUGGUGACGAUGUUGAUAUUAAGCCUGCGCCGUCGCCGCUGUUGAAGAGGCUUGGGCUGAUUGGGGAGAAUGCGGAGGAGGCGGCGCCGGUGAGAGGGCUGCAAUAUGUCAGGGAACGGGUAAAGGAUUAUCACGAUCACAAUGAUUAUGCGGACAUGAAGGGCAAGAAGUUUCGGGUCGGCAAUCUUGAGAUUGAAGAUGAGGCGGAGUGA